CGGGAAUUGCAUGGAGUUCACAGGCAGUCAAAGUUUAUUGCAAACGUGUGAAUCAGUGAUCGGUUAAACAUUUGCAAUUUGCGAAUUGUACUUAAUUAUUUAGAAAAUUAAUAGACAGUAAUUUAAUUUAGUUGAGGCUAUCAUGCUGUCUCGGAGGAAGCCAGAUCUUAUCAAGUUAUCCCUCCUCCCCUCAAAGUCGUCCCCCUUUCUCAUGCUGGUGCUCUUAAUAAUCUGUGCAAAUUUCGGUCUGACCUCGAGCAAAAAAGCGGAUCCCGAGAAUAAGCCGGCCUGGGCGAAGAAGGACAUUCGAGACUUUGAUGAUGCCGACCUUGAACGGUUACUGGAUCAGUGGGAGGAGGACGAAGAACCCCUCCCAGACGAUGAGCUUCCAGAGUAUAAAAAACCCCCAAAUCCAGGAAACUCAAUGCCACCGUUGGAUAAGAUUGGCCAGAUGUCCCCCGACGAGAUAAUGAAAUUGACCAAGAAGGGGAAAACCGUGAUGAUGUUUGUCAACCUUAAUGGAUCCCCGAAUCGACAGGAGACAGAAGAGUUGACCUCCUUGUGGCAAGGAGCCCUUAGAAAUAAUCACAUCCAGGCUGAACGCUACGUGAUUGAAGAGAAUCGCGCAAUAUUUCUCUUCCAUGACGGCGCCCAGGCGUGGGACGCCAAAGAAUUUCUCGUGGAACAAGACCUCGUCAAAGAGCUGACCUUGGAGGGUCAAACACAUUUGGGAAGAAAGAACGGUGGUGAUACAAGUGCCAAAAACGAGUUAUAAUUAUUUAGUCAUAUAUUUUUAAAUCGUUAUACAUAAAAUUAAUAGGGUACAAUUUUGUUAUGUUUGAAUUUGAUAUUGAUUAAAAAUACAUUUUUU